AUGAGACGGACGAACCGUGGUGCUAUGGGUGGCCUUUCAUGGCAGGAUGUGGCGGACAUGAAGCCCAUGACAGAUCCUGUAAAAGGAUUUCCCGACCGAGAGAUACCCGUUCCAAGAGGAGUACAACCCCACGAGUUUCUGGAACAGCGGUUCUUACGAGAAAUCCAGCACACGUUCAAAAAAGAAAGCCCUUUCUACAUUCGUCUCAAGUCGUUAAAGAGCGAGCAGGAAAACGAAGACGGACUCGAACGGUACAGCGACAAAACAAAACCAAAACACAAGGGCUACUUCCUCCACCUUUCCGACCUUAACUUGGACCCACGUCUGUUUCCCGAAGAGCUCCAUUCUGUUUUUGUGCGUACGUCGGAAAAUGGACAGAAGCACUCUGCAAAGCAGCUUGAUAUGAAAACAUUCAUCGACUUUACCAUUAAAGCAGAAGAUCUCCGGGACGAUCCUCGAGCAGCAGCAACCGCCGAAGAAGAGCGCGCCGCUGAUGAGUUUGAAGAGGAAGAUGAUGACUUUGGCGACGACGAAAACAACGACUACGGAGAUAACUACUUCGACAAUGGAGAAGGCGACGACGUCGAAGACGAUGACGACGACGGAGCCAAUCUUUAUUACUGA